CGCUACUGCGUUUGCGCACUAGCAAUUGAGGGAAGUUUAAUAUGAAAAUUCACCACGAAUUUAACCCUUUUUGCCCUGUUUUUCACCACCACGUUACUCCAAAACCUUCCCUUAACGUAAUUACUCACCUUGCAUCCCCACAAGCUCACUUUUAGAGUGUUUUGUAUCAUUUUGAAUUAGUCGAGCAAGCUUGUCUUGUGGCGACACCUAUUCGCCAGUAGCACACCACAUUUUAGAGGAAAAUUAAAACUCCACUAGAAUUAUUUAUUUAUUUUAUUCCAAUCGAUUAGUUGUAAAUGGUUCGAAAACGAUACAAACAUCGUUUUCAAUAAGUAAACAGUAGUUAUUACAACUUUAAAGCACCAACAGCUUGGUUCUUCCAGUGUGGAAAAUUCUCGAAUAAUCAGUGGCGCGCGUCAAGGUUUGAGAUGACGCAUCUAAAAAUUAGUCAAAAUCUCACUUCCCACCAAUGUACGGCUUUAUAUUUAUUAUCAAAUAAUAAGAUUAAAGAGACCGACCACAAUUUAUAUAUUUAACCAGCAUUACGUAACGAUUUUAUAUAGAUUUCAGUCACACAUUAGCAUUACCGGCUUGAAUACAAAAAUUUAGAUCAGGGCCCAAUUGAAUUUAGAGAUAAUUCUGUCGAUUAUAAACCGUAUUAAAGCGGUUGAACCGAUCACCAUAAAUUAAUAUGUAGUUGUUUUUUGAAAUUUAAAUGUGUUUUUAUCUAAUUAUCAUAAAUUAAAUUUUUUUCUAUUUUUUAGGUUGGCGCUAUUUUGGCACGCAUGCGUGUUUGUUUAAUAAAUUGGCCACUGUAGCAGUUUGCAGUUAGGUUAGGGAUGUUUUUAAUGUUGCAAAUGUAUAAAAAAGAGCAAAAACUGCUUUUAUUUAUCACCAAUGUGAUAUGUAAGUUUCCGAUAUAAAACCAAUAAAUGGAGAAUGUGUUUGCAAGUCACUCCGAUCUCUUGGACUCCUGCUUUGAGGAACUGGACUAUGAGUACAGUGACGAAGAAAUUGACGAUUUAGAUGAUUCUUUCACGUCUGAAAGUGGAAUUUGUACGCAGUCCGCCUCCCCGUCUUCAAUACAUUUGGAUGAAAGUGAAAAUUUGCCGUUCAAACUGAGAAGAGAAUUAAUAAAGUUUGAUAAAGUGCCAUCAAAACUGUUGGACAAACGCAAAUGGAAAACCCCUAAGGCGGGUUAUAUAAAACUGUGGCGGAUUAGGUCGUCAGAUGGUUGUUUUGAUAUGAGGAGACGAUGUUCGACUGAUUCUGGAGGACAAAAUGAACGUGUUGUAAAAAAUAUUUGUUCACUCAAAGCCGUAAUUGGAUCAAAUUUACCCUCUAGGACUAGUGAUACCAAAAACAGGGCGUAUAAAGAAUCACCUGAGAGUAUUGACGCGUCCAUUAGCAUCACUUUCUUUAAUGAUUUGAGUUGCAAAAAAAGUCCCAACGUUGUAUAUAUUAAAGUCAGAAGUUGGCUGCUUAAGAGGAACUUUUCAACUUUAACGUAUAACAAAAUAAUCUUUCUGCCUGUUUUCAAAAGUCCCUCUAAGGAAAUUAAAAGAUAAAAAUAGUAAAAGCAAGUUCAAACAUUCACCGUUACAUGGCAGUCUGGGAAGGAAAGGUUGAGAUGGGUUUGGAUGCAAAAUCAGUUUGAUAAAUAUAUUAGUUUUAAUUAAAACUAUGCAAUUCAUUUAAGAUAUGGUGAAGUCUAGUAUGAAUUGUACAUACAACAGACAAUCAACGUUUGACAAAUAAACAAUGCUUGAUAACUGUUCUACACAUGUUGCUUAAAAUUGAAUACAUUAGUAGUACUACAUUUUCUAUAUUUUCAUAAUAACUUACAAUUAAUUAUUUGUUUUAAUUGGAAGACUCAGUUUUAGUAUAGUGUAGUUAAGUUACGAAAUAAGUUAGCAUAAUUCGAUCUAACCAAAAUGGCUGUAUCAAACACACUAUACUAAUGACAAUUUCAUUCACCCCACAUUACAAAAUAAUUAACUUUUAAUUACAAAAUUCACCCUACCUACAUGUACAUUAGUAGACUAAUUAAUGUCAAUUAUUUAAAAUAUUUAUGUUACAGUACCUGAAAUAAAUUUCAUCCAUUAAUUGUAUCUAGUAAUGUACAAAUUCUAAUCUUACAAUGUACAAAUACUUUGACACAUAUCAUACCAAACGAAAGCAGAACUCGUUAGAUUUGUCGUCUUAAUGUUAAGUAACAAAGGAUGAAGUCAGUAGAAAAACUGGCACUUACAAUUGUAAUUAGAAAAUAUGAACGCGAUCAAACAUAACUACCAUAGUGUAUUUAUUAAAUUUAGACUUGAACUAAUCGUACGACACACAGAUUUGUUUUAUUAUUUACAACAGCAGAUUAUGUCGACUACUCUACGUAACCUGUAUGCCAAUAUUCACAGUUUUACUAUAAGUAUUGUCAUAGUUACAGGUCGCUCAAUCCCGUGGUGCGCGCCAAAAUAACAAAAACUUCGCCCACCACCACACCGAUUGCGCGAUCAGUACAUUUCCCUCAAACAAAUCAACCAACGGAAAGUUAUUGUCGUAAUCAAAUACAUUAAUCUAAAUAAUACGGAAUCGCGAUUUUCCUUGUGAAAAUCACAGGUUAAUAGUACAACAUUUGAUAUGUACAAAUACACCCAAAAUUACUUUCACAUUUUAUAAAUUAUAUAAAAAAUUCAACUAGUUUUUACGACUUUUGUCAAUAUAUAUACUUUUUAAAAAACUGCUCUAUUCUAUCCAAAUAAUACAAUCCUUCGAUUUGUGAUAUGAGUAAAUGAAAUGUAUGAACGUGUUAUAUAAGAAAUUUCAUUGUAGUCUAUUAAAUGCAACAAUAGUUGCCUCUUUACGUUUUAAAGGUAUUUAGCUUAGGUAUAACUUACAAUCACGACAAAACGGCCAAAAUGUAGCGCAUUGCGCUGAUAAUAAGCAAAGUCGCGACGUUUGCAACUGGAAUCGAUGCCUUACCACAAAUAUUUAUCUCACUCUCCUGCAGCAAAACAAUCGUUACUCCCACCAAACAAAAACUACGACUUACCUCAGGGUGGUAAUUAAUACACUUCGGUGGACGUCUUCUAUAUAAACUAUCCUUAGGUUUAUGCAAACAGCCUCCGUUCCCUGUAUCGUAUAUCAGUUCAUGUGGGGUAAUACUAAACUGCUUACUCCCACAAGGACACAUGGUGUCCACAACCAACAAAAUCAAAUUACUAUGCGGAAUUUUCUGAACACUAAAUGGCCUAAAACAAAAUACACACUCAGCCAUAUCCCGGCUCGUCUUGACACUUUCCAAACGAAUUUAAAAAAUAUUUCAAUUAGUUAAAAGUAUUUAGUGUGAAUAACCCUGCAAGUGUUUAAAACAUUUUUAGAAUAUCACGCAAUGCUAGUUGAGACCCUUUUACAUGUAUGUAAUUAUGAUGAUAAAAAGAUAAAAAAACAAACGACGUCAUAACAGCAGAGUGCGUGGUUUACUUGUCAUUUAAUUUUGCAAAAUAUUAUAUUAUACCGAUCAUUUCUAGUUUUUUACUUAAUUAAUUAAAUACUGAUAAUUUAUUGUUUUUUACUGAAUAAAAUCGAAUUUAUUACUGA